AUGAGGCUAAACAUGCUCCGCGAAAUCACCGAGGUGUUGCUGGACCCGAAAUUCCUGCACUACAUCUCAACGGCGUACCAGCAGAGCAUGCUGACGGUGCAGCAAACGCGCAUACUGCUGACUGAUAUCGCCUGUUGUUCGCUCAUGCGUUUGGACGUUAGCUCGAUGGACAAACUGUGGGAUCUGAUGGUGAUGAUUUUCAAGUGGCAAAUGUUUCUGACCAACAAGAACGCUCCGCUGUUGCUGGAUCUCACGUUCCGCCAUUUGGACGGUAUUGGACGGCUGAUUCCGGAGAUGCGCAAACAAAUUCUGAUCGACAGCGUCAAGAAGUCGCUUAUCGAACUGUGGGACCCGCUGUGCGAAGACGAGCAGACGAUCGUGCACCGCAAGGUGUACAAGUGGCUGAAACCGUACAAUACUAAAAUUUCCAUUCUCAUCCGCAUGGGGCUGCAAAAAUCGAACGGAGAGUUCGAAUCCGAACCAAAGAACAACCUGUUUUACAACUACUACACCACCAACAUUGGUGAAAAUAUCUACUCCAAAACAUCCAACUUGAACGCGCUUAAGGCACACAAUGACCCGUCGAAUGCGAUGGGAAGCAGCUCGAACGUAGACAUUAUAACGGCCGGACGCGAAAUAGAUACACUUGUGCAGCAGUUAAACAUACAGCAUAAGCCCGCUCCGGGUAGUCACACGGGACCAAACGAUGGGCCUGAAAGUUCGAAGAAACCCGACCAAUCCACUUCUAUGCACAGUGGUUUAAAUGAGAUUGUAAUGAACGAAGAUACUCACCGCCACGCAGGACCGAGUCAGCAAUCAGCAGAGCCACAGGAGGAUGGAUCGCGUGAACGUGCCCGUGAGCAGCCGGAUCAACCGACCGUGCUCAGCAACGGAAAGGAGAGUAAUUUGGAGAAACUAAUGAAAAAAAUUAAAUUAGACAAGGAAGAGUUCGACGUGGUCGACCGGGGAGCGAUCGAUGCUAACGACGAGCUGCUGAAGAUGUUUGAUCAAAAUUUACAACUUUAA